AUGGUGCACACCAUGGUGGUCUUUCUGGCCCCAGCCAGAUGGCUGCUCUGUUCCAUCUCUCAUUCAGUGCUCUUCACAAAUCCAGAAGGUGCUGGCUGGCUGGCCUUGGGGGCAAGGAAAAGUUUGCCAGCCCCUGAGUUCAGUGAUAAUGUCCUACAGCUGCCGUGCUGCUCAUCGAAUGUCAGGGAGGGGCUCCGGGUGGCCGGCUUGGCUCCUGGUGGAGCCUUGGUGGCUUCCCCCUGGGGCAGGCUGUCUGGUUCCCUCCCUCUGUCCCUUGUCCCCACAUCCCGUGUUUCUCCAGCAGUGGACGGGCAGCUGUUCCGCUCAGUGGAGGGCCAGGCCGCCUCCGACGAAGAAGAGGAGGCCCAGAAGUGUCAGGAAGAGCAGAGGUCACUGGCCAAGGUCAAGACGCUGCUGGCUCGCCUCUCCAGCUGCAGGAGUGGGUGUGAUGAACAGACAGCCAAGAAGCUCGUGACUUACUUCGGCCACUUUGGCAGUGCUGACCAUGCCUGUACCCUGGGGGAGCUGGAGGCUCGCAUCGCCGUGCUGGUGGAGCAGACCCUGGGGACACCUGGGGAGGAGGCAGAGCUGCAGCGGAAGGUGGAAGAGAAUGAGCAGCUGAGGCUGGAGCUGCAGAUGGUGGAGACAGAGAGGGUGCGGCUGUCCCUGCUGGAGGAGAAGCUGGUAGACGUGGUGCAGCUCCUGCAAAGGCUCCGGGACCUGAACAUAUCGAAAAGAGCCCUGGGGAAGAUUUUGCUGAACACGCUGGAUGCUUGCAAGGACCCCACACAUGAGGGGAGAUCUGGACCCUCAGCCAUCCUGGACGCCCUGCACACGGCUUUGGCUGGCUGUGAGCUCUUGCGGAGAGAGCCCUCGGCACCAGCCUCCACGGCUCCUGCACUCGCCAACCCCCUCCUCAUCUCCUGCUGAGGCCACUGGCCCAACCUGUGGGCACCUGGGUCAGCCCGACCUCCAUCAGACCAGCCUCCAUGUCAGCCUGACCAGCAUCACAUCUUCAGAACCCUGGAGACCCAGACUCCUUCUGAGACUGGACUUAACCCCAGAGCCUCCCACGACAGAGCCUGACAGACAUCCUUUCCUUUCGUUCCUCACAGAUUCCUUUGCGUUCCUGCUGCCAGAGUUCACGUUCAAACCCUGGGGCUGCUGGAUCAGCCCAUACCUGCUGCUGCUUCCCCUGCCCUCAGUGCAGAGUUGCCUACAUUCAUGCACAAACCGGCCCAGAAUCCCCUCCCUGGGCUCCUGGAGUCUAUUCCCCUUCCAGCACUGCCCCCUUCCUGUCACCCAUGUGCCUGAUGCAGGCACACUGUGCCCAACCUCCAGGCCACACAGGCUGGGGAAACAUAAGGAGGGGGUGAUCACUGCAGGCUUCCAGGUAGAGGCUGCCCUUGAACUAGCUCCAGAUGAGAGGCAGGAUUUCGAUGGACAGAGAGAGGAGAGAAGGACAUUAAAUGCUAAUGUGAGGAAACAGCAAGAGCAAAGUGUGGGGCCAGAAAGGGCCCCCAUUAGUACAGUACCUGGAACACCUCUUUCACAAGCAUGCAGUGGAUACUGGGUUUCAUGGGGUCACAGGAGAGAGUAAGACAAGCUGCCCGUUCUCACCUACCUUAACAUCUCAUAGGAGAGAAAGAUGUGUUGGCAAAUAGCGCAACAUGCAUGAAAUCAGUGCUAAAUCAAGGUAAAAUAGUUACUCAGGAGUCCAGCCUAGAGGGGUUCAUCCGAGCCAAGGAGGGCAGAUGCACCACAGAGGGGAAUGGCAGGGGUGAGGGCAGGUGCCUGGGGGGACAGUGGCAAGGUCGGGAGUGGGGGAACCCAAUAGCAGAUGAGGAUCCGGGACUUGCUUCCACAGGCAAUCAGGAGCCACUGGAGGAUUCUGAGCUGCCCCAUGGAGCAUGGAUGGAGAGGAGGGAUGAAGAGGCAGCUGCAGGUCCGUGGGAGGAAGGUGGCACCAGCAGCUUGGGGCCAAAGCUACAGGGACACAGAAGGGGAUCAUGGGAGAAGGAGGACCAAGGGGUACCCAGGGGGAGCCUGGGAGCAGCAGACACUCCAGGGCAGGGCAGCAGGGACUGGGGACAGACAAUGACCGACCUCCUCUCUGACCUCAGACACUCAGCACCUUGGAUGGGGCCAGAAGGCAUCAGGGAGCCACUGCAGGCUCCUAGCAGGGUGACACAGGCCCCAACCCAGUUUCUCUAUGGUUCCUCUGGGAAUGGAAGGAAAGAGACCAAGGCCAGUGGCCAUUCCAGGGGGCCACCUCACCCCUGGUCCUGUCAGAUGAGCCAGGCUUUUUUGAGAAGGCCCCUAGGACUCUUCAGGGGCCAGUGGGCAGGGAAGAGCCUUGAGGAGGCUGGUCUGAGCCCUGAGGAGGGGGCUGCCCCCAGCUUGCUCCCCUCAGCUCAGCCUGAGCCCACCAGGCCCGCCUCCCCCGGCUGUGCUGCUGACUGCAUGACCCAGGUUGAGCCUCACCUGUGCCCCGCCCAGUGAGAAGGGCCAGCUGUUCUGUAUCCUGACCAUGGCAGCAAGCAUAGGACACUACACGUGUGUUAAGAUUCACAGACCUGGAAGCUGUCCUCAAAAAAGUCAACUUGACCGUUAUGUUAAUAAAACCCAAGA